UACUCUCUGUGUGGCUGUGUCCGCAGAAGCUUUGGCAGAUCUAAGAUGGCGGCUUCACUGCUGCGGUGUCUCCGCGGAGGAGUGGGCCGCACGUUACACGGUAUCAGACAGGCACCGUGUCUUGUCCAGACUCAGGCCCGGAACCAGAGCUCUGAAAACAAACCCACGGUCCGUCCGGCAGACUCUUUGGUGCACAAUGAGCUGACUGCCUUUGGAGAAUAUGUGGCUGAGAUCAUGCCUAAGUUCAUCCAACAAGUCCAGGUGACCUGUUACAAUGAGCUGGAGCUGAUGAUCCACCCAGACGGGGUUGUCCCUGUGCUCACCUUCCUGAGGGACCACACCAACGCCCAGUACAGGAACAUGAUUGACCUGACCGCUGUGGACAUCCCCUCAAGGGCCAACCGCUUCGAGAUUGUCUACAACCUGCUGUCACUACGCUUCAACUCCCGUAUCCGAGUGAAGACAUACACAGACGAGCUGACUCCUGUGGACUCUGCUGUGCCCGUGCACAAAGCUGCCAACUGGUAUGAGCGCGAGGUGUGGGACAUGUACGGCGUCUUCUUCUCCAACCACCCCGACCUGAGGCGCAUCCUCACAGACUACGGCUUCGAGGGACACCCUUUCAGAAAGGACUUCCCCCUCUCUGGAUAUGUGGAGGUGCGGUACGACGACGAGCUGAAGCGCGUGGUGGCCGAGCCCGUGGAGCUGGCGCAGGAGUUCAGGAAGUUUGACUUAAACACGCCCUGGGAGGUGUUCCCCGCCCACAGAGACAAGACCACGCUCUCUCUACCCAAGGGGGAGGAGCCCAAGUAACAAGCCCCACCCAAAACCAAUGUUAAUUUAAUCGUUCUACUUGUUGUAUCUGUACAUAAAAAUAAAAGAGACAAAAAUGGGC